AAAAUUGAUCCGAGCAUCCAAUGUAGUACUUUUUUUUUUUAAAUAAAGCAUAGAAAAUAGUCAAAAUACCAAUAAGAACAAACAGAAGCACUAGCCGUUAGCGCCUCCCUCCAUUGAAAUUCAAAAUAAAAUACACUCUACUCUUCACUCAACUUUCCAUCACCACCAACACCUUCUUCUCCAUUCUACUUUCCAUUUCUUCGCUGCAAAACAUAACAAUAAAAACCUAUCAUCCAAACACGCCACAAUGCAAACGCAAACACAAACUCACACUCCGAUUUCCAUACCUCCGAAACCUCGGUCGCGAUCAGGCCGGACACCACUCCAGCCGAAGAACAACUCGCCCGCCGAUCUCCGGCCGAAGCCCAAGCCCAAGCCCGAAUCUGAACCACUCUGCGAGAUCACACCCGUCCGCGACAAGGAGAACCGUACUAUCGCGAUCACCGCCGCAGCGGAAGCUACUCUUCCUCCUCAUACCGCGGUUGCGUUGGCUCCGGUGCAAGUGCAACUCCCCGAGGCGUCGUCACUGGCGGAGGAGCUGAGCGCGAUCAAGAAGAAGCUGGAGAGGAUGAGGAUCGAUAAGGAGAAGACGGAGACAUCGCUGAAGGAGAAGGACGCGAAGCUCGACGCCAUGAUGAAGGAGCUCGAAGACAGAGGAGAGCUUCAGAAGAAGUUCGAGAUCGAGGUUGAUCGCUUGUUCCGCUUGAAGGAGCUCAAAUAUCGAUGCAUGAGAGUUUCUCCGAUGAGAACAUUGAGAGAGAAGGAACAUGGAAAGAUCGUUAAUGAAGCUGCUCCAUCGUCGCAAUCUCAAUCUCAAUCUCAAUCAGAGGAGAAGAGUAAGAAUGAGGAAACGACGUCGUUUGAGUGCGAAUCUGAAGGAGAGGAGUGUGAAGUGCAGAGUCCCGGUUCGGCUUGUUCACAAACUGAUACUAACACAAAGCAAAAAUCAUAAUCAAUUAGGCACAGAGUUUUGGGAAUUUUACUGUUUCCUUUCCAUACAUAAUAGCUCGUUAUGGUUUAUUUUUGUUUGCAUUGCAAUCUGUGGUGUACUUUCAGAUUUUAAGAAAAUAGCUCAUAGCUUGUAUUGUCGCCAAGAAAGGGCAAAAGAGAAUUAGCAUUUUGUGAAAUUUUGUGAAAUAGCUCAUAGCUUAUUGACAUUUUUGGUGAAAUUUUGAUAUUACUUAUUCACAUGUAUUGUACUAUCAUAUGUUUUUUUGUCAAA